AUGGAGAUACUCAGAGAAAAACAGGGCUUCAUUAUCGGCCAAAGGAAAUUUACCUUAGAGCUGCUGCAGGAAUUCAAUUGUCCAGGAGGCAAGAUUUCUUCACCUCUUGACCCUUCCAUCAAGCUUCAGGCAGAUUCGGGGAUACCAAUGGAUGAUCCAAGUCUGUAUCGUCAUCUAGUUGGUAAACUCAACUAUUUGACGAACACUAGGCCUGACAUCUCCUUUGUUGUUCUCUCGCUGAGUCAAUACAUGCACAGGCCUUGUUCUUCCCAUUUUUCUGCUGCUCAACGUGUGUUGAGAUAUCUGCGCACAGAUCCUUCACAAGGAAUUCUUCCGUCUUCUUCUCCCUCUUUUGAUUUACUAGCAUUUUGCGAUGCUGAUUGGGCAGCAUGUCGUGAUUCUAGACGGUCAGCUUCCGUUUCCUUGUCAUCUGCCGAAGCUAAAUACCGGUUGAUGCGUCGAGUCACAGUUGAGAUCACUUGGCUUGUUCGACUUUUGGGAGAUCUCACAGUACAACCUACCUUACCAGUCCUUAUUCAUUCCGAUAGCCAGGCAGCGAUUCACAUAGCUCGGAACCCUAUCUUUCAUGAACGAACGAAGCAUGUGGACCUCGAUUGCCACUUUGUUCGUCAACAAUUCCUCUUUGGUUUAAUUUCUUUAUCUUUUGUUCCAUCGGACUGCCAACUUGCCGAUUUAUUCACAAAGCCCUUAUCUCAGGGUUCUCAUCGCCACAUUCUGAGCAAGCUGGGGGUCCAUUCUCUCCCCUCCAUCUUGAGGGGGGAUGUUGACGAUCAAAACCCCCAUAUUGAUUCAAAGGAAAAUGAAGAAACGAGAAAGAAGAAGAUGAAGGACUAA